UGUGUGCUGUGGACUGGUUAUUUCUUUUUUUCCCCUUCUUUCUUUUUUAUUGCAGCACCUGCGUAGGCUCGUGACUCACACGCCGAUUUGUUGAUGGCCACUAGAAUGGUUGCACACGCACCCGUGCAGUGUGCGGCGCGCGCCACUCGCAAUCACACGCCCACAGCGGACGGACAUCAGAGCUGCACACACAAGUCAAGAGUGACAAGGCGAAGACGGCCGACAGACCCACGGGCGCCGUAACCCAGAAACUCCUUUCUCUCCGGUUGUGUGUUUUCUGUCGCAGAUGCUUCAACCGAAGUGUCCUCGCCCGUGGACGUGCUUCCCUCCUCCACGCGGAUGCUGAAGCAGGGCUGAUCUGAUUUAUGGCCGCUAACAGCAAAUCCGACUAGAGGAGAUGAGCAGCCAGCGGCGGCCGUCGGUGCUCGCUUUAGCGACACUGCUGCUCUGCACAGCGCAGCACAGGACUCAUAGCAGCGGCUCAGCAUCAUCAUCUGCAUCUGCAUCCCCAUCAGAAGUGACAGGCAGGGAAGAUUCUGGGAUGCAGCGCAGGUGGCUCAAACACCAUGGCAACAGCAGUCAGGAAAGCAGGCCGUGGCAGAAAGCAUCAAGCCUCAAUGCUUCCGCUGUGACAUCAGUCAAGAGGAGCCCGCUGAGCGGGGCGCCAUCACCGUUAUGUGCCUACCAAGUCACGGAGGGAGGCAUCGGGGGACCGCUCUGCUUUCGACACAUGUUGGCUGGGUACACUUGCCAUGAGGGAGACUGCAGGCUGGCAGUUUCUUCAGGGAGCUUGGUUGCAAAUAUUCUCAUCAAUGGUAGCGUGCUACUACAGUGGAGCCAAGGGAGCGCGGUCUCGGGAAUUCAGGGGUCAGACGAUCAGACGAGAGCUCCUGGAGCAAAAUCGUCGAGUAUUGAAAGAACAAAUAGUAGUUUUAGUGGCCGGCGCCACAGACAUGGAGGUUACGAAUUGAGCUGCUGGUGGAACGGCAGCUACACUCAGUUUGAGUGCACCGGGGUCCAUCUCGGUUCGGGGUGCAGGGACUUUCUGUUGAGCGAACUGCACCAGAACAUCCCCUACCGCAUCUGCUUGCGCUCUCUGGCCCAGAGAGCGGACCACAAGGACUGUGUGGAGUUUAUCCUGCCGCCGUCCGGGAUGCAGGAUAUCGUGAUCGCCAUGACAACAGUCGGGGGCGCCAUUUGCGUGAUGUUGGUCAUCAUCUGCUUACUGGUGGCGUACAUCACAGAAAACAUCAUGAGCCCCGCGACACAGCACACAUACUCCUACCGCACUCACUCACGCCACUGAGGCUCACCUUGAACACUAACUGUCCACCAUGACCUCGCCUGAUGUGACCUCCACUUAAUUGUUGUCCGUGUAGUAACAUCAGUGUGUGUGUGUGUGUGUCUGUGAACUGAAGCACAAUAGUGUAUCUGAAGCAGAUAAACCUAUAAACCUGUGCAAAUGAGAGCUAAACCAAAUUUACCUGUAUUGCACAGUGUAAACUCUGAGUCAAAAAAAUACAUACCGGAUUAAUUCUAAUACGUCAUAGUUUGGGAAAUAAAAAAAAAAAUAAGCGGUCAAUUUCCCAACCUUUAUUGAUCAUUCAUCAGAAAGAUUUCCUGACACAAUACAAACCAAAAAUGUCAUAAAGAGUACAUGUGCUAAAAUAAUGCUCUUGUCUCAAUUUACUCACAAAUUCACGUCAUGUAAAAUCUGGGCCUGUCUAAAGCCGAGAUACUCACACAAAGCCGUGACUUGCUGGAUUCUGUUAUAAGAAUGGCAAAAUGUUUAUUGUACCUUCUUCUGCCAUCGAACAGAAAAGCAUUAAAUUGUUCUGUCUGUCAAUAUAUAUCUGUGGCAUACAUUGAUGAACAAAGAUAUAUUUGGAAUUAAUAAUUUUGGUAGAAAUUAAGUGAAUUUUAAGACUUUCCAGCGGGACCCAAUGAUCUCUCACAAUAGUGUGCCGUGGUACCCGGGUUAAGGAAUUGCAGCUUUGGGUGACAUUUCAGCAUUGUCAGUAGUCAUGCAAGUGUAAAUGUAAGUUAACCAAUAGCAAUGGUAAUCUCUUGAAACAAUAAUAUACAGUAUAUAGUCACCUUACCCGUUUAAUGCUACGUUGUCGGUUUUGUGUUGUUAUUGUCGACUUGUUGAGUUUGUUGUGUUGUACUGAACAGCAAGGACAGAGAAGACAACGAAUGACAAAAUGCUCAUUUACAUAAUACAAAUUCUGAAGUACAUCCCAUUCAUCUUUUAGAAUUAUUGUACUGAGCACCCACAACAGACAGAUGAGACCAUAUUCCCGUGUUUCAUAUCCAUUUCUUGUACUACUGUGUAUGGUGGACAUUAUAUUUCACCUCUUGUUGUCGUCACUGAUACCCUUUGUUGUGACAAAAAUGAAUUUAAAAAAAAGAGCCAAAGAAACCACAAAGUAUCCUUGAGGAAUUCCUCCUGAAGUCUUGCGAAUGAAUUUUGAGUCAUUUUGUUAAUUUGAAUUCCAUAUUGUACAACCUAAGGGCAUUGGAGGUUUUCCUGCACUUUACAAUGAGAACAUGGUGAUCCGCUCAAUUGUGUUGCAUUCAUGAGUUUGUCAGUGAUUAAUUGUGAAUCUGUUUAUCGGCUGCAAUAUACAGCAAUGUCAUUCAUGAAAUGCAUUUAAUGUUCCCCGUUAGCUGACGUUUACUCAAUGUACGCCACUCACAAGUGUGCCGAUAACUUGUGACCUUGUUGGCACACAAAAGAUACUGGAGUGAAUUAAAUGUGUCUGUUACACUUAUCUUGUGACAUACAUAUGUUUGUAUAUCAUUUAGUAAAGGGCAAUAUAAUCACUAAAUACUGUACCAAACAACAUCAUCCAUGAUACCUUGGUGUCCUGCUGUCAGCCAAUAAAGUAUCUUAGAUAAU